AUGACUGGCUUGCUGGUUUCUUCUGGCUCGAGUACCAAGGCCGUCGUUGACAUAACCAAAGACUUCCUAAGAUGCUACAAGAAUCACACUUUGGCAAAACAGUCGAUAACCGUUCCUGAGCCCGUGUAUCCCACCAAAUCUUUCAGCAUUUCCCUUGAUGGGAAACUGCUCUAUUCCCCCCCUAGUAGCACGAAGCUCAAGAUCUCCCCACUAGCAUGUGCCGUCAUUGAAGGAGAAAGCACGGUGAUUUCUGCGCUCCUGGCCGGUUUGAAGCAGAGCAUGCAGAGCACGCAGUUUCAGGAUGAGAUCGACAAUGCUCUGUUUCUGGCUGACUUUUUCGGACAGGAAGAAGCGAACGAUUUGCUUCUGGAAUACAGACCAGACCCAGGACGUAAGCAUUCGAUCCUCGAAUAUAUCUGGUUUUCUGGCGCUGACCCUGAUGUUUUGGAUGGGUUUGGCGCUACGCCAAUCAUGUAUGCGAUGCAGUUGCCGGCACCGCAUGAUUGGGAGAUCAUCGAGCUUCUCAUUGAGGAAGGAGCUGAUCCAUGCUACGGUAUCUGUAUUGGUGGCGUCUCUUGGCCCUAUCCCGACAUCUCAAAGGCUAUGGGCAAGCCGGAUCUAACGAAGCUAUUGGAAGAAGCAAUUUUGGAAAUGUCAGAAGACGAGGAAACAGAUGUCCCGUCGCGGUGUUGAUCAACUUGCGCGAGUGAUAUGGCUGUGUCCAUGCCCAUGCUUUCCUAUGAAUAUCUUGUUGAGUUGUUAGGUAGUUACAAAUGCUUAUCUACUAAGUACCGAUUUUAUUCUUCUCUUGUCUCAUACUCCUCUUAGACAUACUCAGCUUUGCACCAGCCAUACAAUGAAUGAUCUAGUAUACGUUGGAUUGCCGUCAUGCAACCACCAAAGCAUUGUUGUGUUCUUCGUCAUGAUCACGUUGGUUGCCGGUG